CUUAAAAUUUCCUGGGAAUUAUAAAUUAUUACAGGGAAAACAAUAUUUUCUUUCCUUUUUGCUCAUCCAUCCGUCUUUAAACCCCCAAAACCCCUUUAAAAUUAACGGUCCCGCUCCUGUUCUUAUAUAUACAUAUUUAUAUACUACUCUAAGUACUCUUACAAAUUCACUUUCCUAAAAGGCUCUGCACUCUGAAUCCCUUCUUUUCAUCAGAGUAUAACGGGGUCGACUUGUAUAUAAACUCACAAAGAGUCUUCUUUUUCAAUGGGAAUAGAGAAAGAAAUCUGAAGUAGCCGAGAGUUUGAAUCUUGACGGUGUCAAUGGAAAACAUUAUGUUAUGGCCGGUGAAACACACGGAGCACAGAAUUAUUACCAAAAAACUCAUUAAAACCUCGAAUUUAAACCCCAAAAACUCAUCCCAAAACCUGCAGAAAUCUAAUGUUCACAGAACUGUUCGGGUAACGGUAACUGACCCGGAUGCAACAGACUCCUCCGGGGAUGAAAACGAAGAUGAGAUUUUCAGAAGGCAGCGUGUUAAGAAAUACAUUCAAGAAAUCACUAUUGAAAAAGCUAGCAAAACCCAUGUCAAUGGCUUUAACAGUAAGCUUCAGGUCAAGCAGAAGCCAAUGAAGGUGAAGGCGGCGGAGCAGAAGGCGCCCUGUGGUGGUGCUCGGAAGUUCAGGGGCGUUCGGCAGCGGCCGUGGGGUAAAUGGGCAGCCGAGAUAAGAGACCCGACUCGAAAAGUCCGGCUUUGGUUGGGUACUUAUGAAACUGCAGAGGAGGCUGCUAUGGUGUAUGACAAUGCUGCUAUUAAACUCCGGGGACCGGAUGCUUUAACAAAUUUCAAAAAUCCGGCGGCCUUGGAGACGUCAGAGAAUAAUGUGACGUCAGUUUCCGGCUACGAGUCUGAUAAAGAGAUGCAUAAUGUUUCUUCUCCGACCUCUGUUCUCCGGUUCUCCAGUACUCAAUCUAGUGAACCAUCUGGCUCUGGCGAGUUCCUUGUUCUUGGUUCCAUGGAUGUAAAGACCCAACAAAGUUAUGAAUCCGGAUCCUGCCUUGACCGGAUUCAGGACCCGGAAGAAUUUCACGGAGAAACAAGUAUGAUACCAGACAGUUCAAACGACUAUUUGCCCAUGGACACUCAAUUCUUGGAUGAUUUCUUCAAUUUCCCAACUCCAGACCAGACAUUGUUCGACUUUACCGAUGAUUUCGGAAAUGUUAAUGAAAUUCCGGCUUAUGAUGACAACGGCUUUGAAUUCAUUAAUUUCGAGGAUAUUAACGAUACAUUCCAAGAAGUUGAUGAUUAUUUCAACGAUUUGGGCGAUUUUGCUUGUGCAAAUGAGAUAAUGGCACUAUGGUAAAUCUUUCUCUUCAUAUUCUUCCA